AAAAUUCUUUAUCUCACAUUCAUCUGGGUAGGCCUGCCGGAAAAAGCUAGUCUUUAAAGCUGUCUUAAAUUCAGAGAGAGAGAGAGAGAGAGUGUUAAUUUUACGAAUCUCCUCCUGCAGACCAUUCCACAAUCUGGGGGUGACAGAAGAAAAGGUCCUCUGGGUAACAGUUGUCAGCCUAGUUUUGGCUGACUGAAGUAAGUUCUCCCCAGAGGACCUGAGUGUGCUGGGCGGACUGUAUGGGAGAAGGCAAUCCUGCAGGUAACCUGGACCCAAACCAUGUAGGGCUUUAAAGGAGAAUCCUGUUCUGGAAUUUGUGAAGUCUGAAUAGGAUCUCACAUCUAGGAUCUAGCCUGGCUGUUUCAUAAGGACGGAUUUGCUAAGGUUAGCUCAAGAUGGGAGACCAGAGGCAACGUUCAUUGUCUACGUCUGGGGAAUCGUUGUACCAUGUUCUAGGACUGGACAAGAAUGCUACUUCAGAUGAUAUUAAAAAGUCAUACCGGAAACUUGCAUUAAAAUAUCACCCCGAUAAGAAUCCAGAUAAUCCAGAAGCUGCGGAUAAAUUUAAAGAGAUCAACAAUGCACAUGCAAUAUUGACUGAUGCUACAAAACGAAAUAUCUAUGAUAAGUAUGGCUCCUUGGGUCUGUAUGUAGCAGAACAGUUUGGAGAGGAAAAUGUGAACACGUACUUUGUGCUAUCCAGCUGGUGGGCAAAGGCGCUGUUUGUGUUCUGUGGGCUCAUAACAGGCUGCUACUGCUGCUGCUGUCUCUGCUGUUGCUGUAACUGUUGCUGUGGAAAGUGUAAACCAAAACCCCCUGAAGGAGAAGAGCAAGAAUACUAUGUCUCCCCUGAAGACUUGGAGGCACAGCUACAGUCAGAUGAGAGGGAGACCUCUGAUACACCUAUUGUGAUACAGCCAGCCUCAGCCACAGAGACGACCCAACUCACGGCAGACUCCCACACCAGCUACCAUACCGACGGAUUUAACUAAGCUAAGGAAGCGCUGUUAACUAGAAUGGAUAAGAAUAAAUAACAUGGCCAAUCCAGCACUAGAAUCAUGGACAUUAGAAAUAGAAUACGGGGAGGGGCGACACUCUGCCACAAUACGAGGGCAACCUCCAACCUGCUGAGAAUAUUUUGUAAUCCCUUCGCCUUUUGUCACCUUCAGUGUUGUAUCUUGAUGAUACAUUGGAAGUACUGUAGCAUGCAGUAUUUAAAGCAGUUUAGCUUCGGUCUUCUCUCUUUUUUUUUGGUUUUGUUUUGUUUCCUUUUUUUUAAGAAAAAAAAAUAGCAUGUGUGGAGUUUACGUUAUAAACGUCUUUGUGUUGUAAUGUAUUGAGGAGUUAUCACAAGGAGUGUGAUGGAUACAUUCUGCAUUUUAAGCAGUGACACCAGCCAAAACAACAACGACAAUGAGCAUUUUUCAAAGAGCGAUUAAACUCUUUCCCAGAAGCCACCAUAUUUCCAUACAGUUCAGCUACAAACAUUGCUUGGAAGGCUGCUGUUCAUCAUCCACUUGAUAGCAACUAAGAUUUCCAAUAAUUUCCCCACCUGCCCCUUCGCUCCUUACACCUGUGUCUCAACAGGCUUACCUUGAAAAAUGCUAAUGUUGCAAGGAAGGGAACUUGAAACAAAUCGCUGCUUUCUGGAAAUCUUCCCCUGUGUAUCUAUUUCUUUGUCGGACCAUAGUCUGACAGUCAGCUGCUUUAUACUUAAGAUAGUCUUGUGUAGGAAAGGGCCAAAAUGUGGGUUUUACUACAAAACCAGAUGUUACUUGAAUUAUCUCUCAGCGUUUUAAAUUUAAGUGCACACUAGUUUUGUUCGAAUUUAAUCAUUCCCCUGCACUAUUUAUAAUCAAAUAUUGCCAAUUUUUAAAUUGUGCAUGAACAUGAAAACCUGAAACUCAUGUAUGUUCUCAUUGUCUAGCUUGAAUGAAGUCUAAGUAAAUAAAUAGUCAAGAGCAAGUUUUAUAUUUCUGUUGUUUGAAUAUAUAUCGUUUUGAUAAUUUUCACAAGCAGCUCUUUUCAAAAAACAACAACCCACUAACGUAAGGGCCACUCUAGAAAGUAUGUGUUCUAGGUUUACACCUAAAGAUUACUUUUAACGUACAGUUUUAAAAAAAAUCUCUAGUGUGAAUGCAUUUAACACAUCUCAUACAGAUUCUCUCAUCAGGGAACUGGACUUGGCUGUAGCUUCCUGUUGGAUGUAAUACGCUUGGUGGCAAAGUUGGGUUUGCUGGUGUGUGAUAAAGAAAACAGACCUCAGUUGACCGUGGUUCGGCCGACAGAGCUCUGUACAUAGAGUUGAGAAUCUUGAAUUUGUUGCUGGAUUCAUUCGUGUAGUUGCCUCGAACAGGUUUGAUCUUUUCUCUGCCUCUGUUCUUUCUUUGUAAAAUGGGUAUGGUACAGACUGAACUGCCCUUACCAUUGUGCAGUGCCCACGUGAUUGCUAAAUGGCUGUCAAAGAACAAAGCACUUCUGUUUCCUUAUAUCUCUCCGAUGAAAUGUUUUGCACUUUUUCCCCUCUUUUAGAUAAUGUUCCUUUCAGUUGGGCUCUCUCUGCCCUUCCUCCCCCAUCAGUGAUAAAUUUAGAGUGAACACUCUCAAAGGGGUUCCCUCUCUGUGCUGAGGAGGGGAAAUCAUGAAUGGAAAUUUGUGUGUGUGCGUGUGUGAAUGUGAAUGCAGUGGGCGUUAUGAGAUUUUCUUAGAUAUCCCAGUAACAUUUACUAUCUAGUUCUGUUGCCAUUGCUUGUUCAGUGUCAUUUUAGAAAAUGUUAGAUCUAUUAAUAAAGGCAUCACCCAGGGGCACUCCAGACUUUUGGGACGGCGGCUGCUCGUUUUAUUUUUAUUUUGGGGGGAGCUCAGAGCACUUAUACCUUCCCUCCUGCCCUUUUAUAUCUUUUCUCUUACAAAUACUUGUAAGUCGCUGACGUUAGAUCUACACUUGCAGAAGGCUGUGGUGGUGGAGUGGACUGUACCAUUUCAGAUUGCAAAUGGGAGAUACCAGUUUGACUCCUACCCAGUGUGGGGUGGGGGUGCAGAACGGGUUAUUGCAAAUAGAAAGCUACCACAUCAGGGGCAGAGUUUUCUAGUGAAGCCCUUUGCGUAUUCUGCCGGUUUUCAAUUUUUAGGGAGUUUAUAACGUAAGAGGGCUUAAAAAUAUGUAUUUCCCCCUGCCUUCAGCCCCAUAUGGUAUAGUCAACUCUGCCAUCUCAGCAUUCUUUGAUCUCAUUCUGCAGCAUGUCUAGAUGAGGCCUGACUUCCUUUAAUUCUACAUCCCUUUUAGGGGUGCUUCUAUAUGGCCUUUCCCCUCACAGGCUGCUGGGCUUUCUCUGCAGGAAUCUGAUUAUUGCCCCUCACUAGACCUGAAAGGAAGUUUGAGGAGUAAAAAGGAAGCACUUUGAAAUCAUGUUAAACAUGUUGGGAUCAAACUUGUUUGAAAGCCAAGUAGGUCUUUCGUUCCUCCUCUGUCCCAAAGGUGUCCUCUUGGCCCAGGUAGAAGGCCAGUAUUUAACGUUUGAAGUACUAGCAUAGCACAAUAUUAACACUGAGUCGUCUAUUAUUAUUAUACUGUUAGUUUUUAGCUUACUACACCCUGAAUUCACUUGCAUGAAUCCACGUUAAUCUCUUCCAAACUUGCAUCUGUAUCAAAACGCAAGGAUGUUAUGCAUAGCCAGUGUUUUACUUAAUGUCCGGCCACUCUAGGGCGAAAAAUAUGUAUCUGGUCUAGAAAGCCCUGAGCUACCUUACUGGGCAUAAUCUUGAAUGUGGAGGAUAACUUUGUAAUGGCUAAUUAGCGCUUAAUAGAAGAUGGCAGAGUUCACUGUCUAAAAACUAGAUAUGAUAUCAACCCUGCCCCUCCUGUCAAGCUUCAGUCUUGUUUUUAACAUGAUGAUCACAUGAGAUCACAUGAGACUCUGAUACUAAGAAUCCAGAGUGUAACAUCUAGUGAAAAACUAGGGCCAUGAUAGGCAUUGACUUGUUUUUUUAUGUUAUUCUUCAUUAACUUUGUCCCCUACAAAAUUAUGCUUCCAAACCAGUUUGUUGCCAUUGACUUUAUUCUCUGGCAUUGUUAAUUGGCUUACAAAAUGCUCUUUUAAUGCAAUUUCAGGGCAUUUUCUCUUUUCCUUCUGCAUCUUCCACUCCUGAGUUUGUGUGAUAAUUUAAGGUUAGAUCAUAGGUUAAUCAGUUGAUGCUCUUGUGUAAUGAUUUCAUAAGCAUUCCAGUAGUUAUGUGGGGGUAGAUACAUAACAAGAUUUCUGACGGUAAUAUUGGCAGCCUGUAGAUUUUCAUGACAAUAACAUUUGUUCUAAAUAACCCUUAAUUACUUGGAUAAAGUGCCAGGAUGAAGGAACAUGAUAGGGUCUUAAACGCAGUCUCUAUUCCUAACUUUGUAACAGUAGACAUGGGAAGUUUGAGCUCUUUCACUGUCUAUGUGCUGAUAAUUUUUUUUACAAUAAAGCCAAGAUUCAAAUUCCUAAUAGUUCUAUCUUCUGCUCAAGACAGGCAAUAGUUUAUCAAAAAAUUGAAAGUGGCUUACUUCCCUUGGUGUGUGCACACGUCUUAAGUCCUCCUAUUGCAGCCUCUAGUUUAAUAAAGUUUAUGGGUUCUUGAAAGUAUACCAAAGCCAUUUUACAAAACGUGAAAGUUGGGGACUGUGAGAGUACACGCCAUGAGCAGUGAGUCUUUCAGACUGCCUUCAACUCUCUGAAAUACACACACACACACAAAGCAGGUUAUCCUUCAGUCUUUUUUUAGCAUUGUCAAAACCAGUGCCAACUGAAAUGAGCGUUGCAUGGUUUUGUGACAGGCAUAAAUAAUAUCCAAAGCCACCUCAAGCCCGGAAGCCGCACUUCGCUGUGCGUUGUGGCCAAAUCAAAUCCUAGCUCUGUGUCUUUGGCUAAAUUAAGCUUCCACGGACAUGAAUACGUGAGCUACAGACCACCCACCCACCUACAGCCACGUCCACCAAAAUGGAUACAGCUUCUUCGUUUAGAGGCUGCAAUGAGCUAGGUGAGAAUCAAGGCAGGGACAUAAAAUGGGUUUUAAAAAUUACAUGCAGAACGUUCCGUGCCAAUCCUUGUUAAAAUUGAAACACUGCGGCAUUAGUCUGCACUUAAACAUGUUGCCAGCACAUUAAAUUUGUGUUGUCAUUUUCCUUUAAGUGAUGCUAAAUUUCUCAAGCUUUUUCAUUUGUUGGCUGUUGUCACUCACAUAUUGCAUUCAGCUGUGUUAACAGGUGCUAUCUUAACCUCUGGUCAUACUGCCCAUUUUUUAAACCAGUUAUGCUGGUCAGGAGAGAACAACUUCUCAUGGUACAAAGAGUUUUAUGGGUCAUAGUUUUGAUUACCUGGGAUUUGGAAGAAAUGCAACUUGAGAAACAUAAUUGGUUUCCUAGACUUCCUAUUAAAUCAUGCUGCACCAUGAGAUUUUAUCUGAAAGAUUGCUACUUCAGCAUUGACCCCGCGCCCCAUCUACACCCCUUCCCUGAUACAGGAGUGUCCCCGGAAGGCUCUCCCAUGUCUGAAAAUGUAUCAUGGGAGUACUGGUUAGAUGUUACUGCCAACAAAAAGACAAAUCUUUCUCAGAACUAGUAACUGGCAUGUUAGUUUUUCAGACACCAAAGUGCAAAUAGUGCUGUGUCAGGGAAAAAAAACGUCACUUGGGAUUCAGUUUUAAAAUAUAUAUAUAUUCUAUUCCAGAGAAGUUUCACAUUCCCUCUGCCGUAGCUGCUGUUGAAGUGAUAGUGGGCCAGUUCACCUGGCACGACAGCCCACCGUGGCUUAAUUUAUCUGCGGGGGUUGUUGCAUUUGCACCAGGUGCCAUAUGUACAUGGUGCUCACGUCCACUUGGCUUGUCAUGCGAACUUGAUAGUGUGGUUUAUUGUGUUGUGCAACAACCCAGCAACAACCUAUGGAUUGUUUGCAGUGGCCCACUCCUCAAAAACCCAUGCCGUCCGAGAUUUCUUGACACGACAAGCCGUAGUAGUAAGGGCAAUUGGGCUGUUUGCAUCAGCAUGCGACCUGCACACAUGGCGGGGAAAAUAAACCACUGUGUCUUAUUUCUCCCACCGUGAUCGUGUGAACUCAGUCAUUCCUCAGUCUCUUUCUUCCUUGUAAUGUGAAGUUCCUUUCCUGUUCUCCCCUGACUCCAAAAAGCUAGAAAAUAGUUUGGAGCAAUGAAUGAGAAAAAUGCAGCCAUCCUUUGUAUAGCGCUAAGGGGCAUUGUGCCUAUGAAUGUUAAAUAAAGUUCAUAGGAAAUAUAUGUAAGAAGCUGUCGUGUUUUAUCUCUGUCUAUAUCUAUCCUUCUGUAAACACUCAUUUGUGCAUAGAUUUUUUUUUCAAUUUCUGAUGUUUCCCAUGUUUUUUUUAGCAUAGUAUUUUUUUUAAAAAGCUGCUUUAUAUAACAGCACUCAUAUCGGUUAAUAAAAUGUGAUACCCCAUGAAGUUUCAGUGUUCAGUAACAUAUAAUGAGAGACUUCCAAGAAUUUAUUCAAAGGGAAGAUAUUCCCAUGAUGCUAACAAGGAGACGCACAGCUCACGCAGCGGUGUUGUAGUGGAUCUGCAGUGAAUAACCCAUCUCUUGCGAUUGAUCUCAUCUGUAGUAUAGGUAGAUUUGGGAACCUGUUUUCUGGCCUGUUUUUAAGGUUCGACUGCAACAAUCAUGUUUCCCGCAAGCACUUUGGGGUUUCGCACAGCAAAUAUACUCAAAGAAUGGACAACAAAACCAUGUCCUUAAAUAAUGCAAGAGAGAACUCCAAUGAGAACUCUUAGAGCAAGGUUCGUCAUCCAUGUCCUAAAGAGAAAAUACAGAAGUUAGCAAAAUCCUAGAGGCAUUGAGUUGUUCUUGGCAGGGUUAUGGCUUGUAUGGAUUGGUGUAAAAAAGUUGAGGGGUGGGUGAGUUCUGAAACAAUUUGCCAAUAUUAGGGGCGUGAUGAGUGGAGAAGCCUCCAGGCUACUUCUGGAGGUAAUCAGUCCAGCGAGAUGGAGCUCAAUGUAGCAUCGUACGACAGGUGUGCUGGAUUGCUGUGGUUCUUGUCUGGUGGUAAUUUGGCUUUGAUCUUUCAGCCAGAAAAAGAGGGAGAAAACAGCCCAACAUCGCUGUCCACCAACCCCAGUCUGAAACUCCCUUUUUUUAAAUCUGCGUGAAGGCAGUGAGGUGUUGAUGGAGGUAGCAGAUCAGAGUUUCAGGGUCAAAUAGAACACGGAGACAUUGGGGGACAUUUAGGCUGUUUUUGUUAACAGGGAAAUGUCCUUUAAACUUGCAUGGAUUUUUGCUGGAAGAAUUGACCUUCCCCUUCACAGUGACAGUAGGGAAGGUUGAAGUUUACAUUCUUUUCUCUCCCCCCCCACCCGCCCCCCAAUGCCAUUAUCUAAUAUAUAGCACUUUGUGUGUGUGUGGGGGGGUGUAUUUUGCUGAAGGCAAUCACCACAAUGGUUUAUCCGUAUAGUGUAGGUCAUGCAGCUUGUUUCAAUUUCGAUGCUUUCGUUUCUGUAUGUCGGUGUGUUGUAGGCCCAUGGGUGUGUGUGUGUCAAUGAAAUAAACCUGGAGAUCUGGCAAUUUGCAAAAGCUUUAGGUGUUGCAUUUUCCUCGUUGGGUGUGUGCGUGUCGCAUCCUUCAGCAGCCGCUAUUCCAUUCAUUCUCGUAUCAUCUCCGCCUCCUGCCCCUGCUUUUAUUGGGGAAUGUGGUGUGUGUGUGUUUUGGCUUUUUUAAAAAAAAAAAACAAUUAGCUAUCACUCGAUUCAAGGCAGUCUCAUAUGAGUAAGAAGUUAGGAUGAACUGAGGCACGGCAUCUGUCCAGUGCUUUUCUUUUCGUUCCAAGCCCCACUGAAAUGAACCAAGGCUGUAGUAUAGGUAGAUUUGGUAGAAAAUCUAGUAGAUUUUCUACUAGAUUUCAUUGUGGCCUCUUCUGAAGUCUGUGUGACCUGAAGAUGUAACAAGAGUCUCAUUUUGCCCCUUGUACUUGCGGGAUGAGAGAAGGGAAAACCCAAAUGUGUUUAAAAAAAAAAAAAGUUGUAAAAAAACAAAACAAUCAAAGUAUAAAUGCAUUUGAAAAGCAAUGAUAUAUAAAUAUAUAUAUACAUAGACUAUAUAUAUAUAUUUUGUUAUGUUACUUAUAGGAUCAUCCUUUAAAUUGUAUGUAAGUAGCCGUGGCUGUCUGAACUUCGUGAAUUGUUAACACUCGCAAGUAAUGAGCUCCUGUACAUACCUACAGUUCAUGCAGAAAGGAAUUAUUUUAUGUUUUAGCAUGGUAAUUUAUGUAUUGUAUGUCUGAAUAGGAACUUAAAAAUAAAAAAAAUAAAGACUGCUAAAUUAUCAGAAACCAAGGUUGUAAAAUAAAUGUUUUCAAGGCAAACAACAACAAAAAA